AUACUACAAUGCAACAAGCUUUAGAAUUAGCUUUGGAUCGUGCAGAGUAUGUCAUUGAAAGUGCCCGUCAGAGACCUCCUAAACGGAAAUAUUUAUCUAGUGGAAGGAAAUCUGUAUUUCAGAAGCUCUAUGAUUUAUAUAUAGAAGAAUGUGAGAAAGAGCCUGAGAUAAAGAAGCUGAGACGAAAUGUGAACUUGCUAGAGAAGCUCGUUAUGCAAGAAACACUCUCCUGUUUGGUAGUCAACCUGUAUCCAGGAAAUGAAGGCUAUUCUUUGAUGCUCAGGGGAAAGAAUGGAUCAGAUUCUGAAACCAUUCGCCUGCCUUAUGAAGAAGGAGAGCUUCUUGAAUACUUGGAUGCUGAAGAAUUACCACCUAUUUUGGUUGAUCUUCUGGAAAAAUCUCAGGUUAAUAUUUUUCAUUGUGGGUGUGUCAUAGCAGAAAUACGUGACUAUAGGCAAUCUGGAAAUAUGAAAUCUCCAGGUUAUCAAAGUAGGCAUAUUCUCUUACGUCCAACAAUGCAGACUCUAAUCUGUGAUGUUCAUUCUAUAACAAGUGACAACCAUAAAUGGACACAGGAAGACAAACUUCUCCUUGAGAGCCAGCUUAUCUUAGCCACAGCAGAGCCAUUGUGUCUUGAUCCAUCUAUAGCUGUGACUUGUACUGCAAACAGAUUGCUUUAUAACAAACAGAAGAUGAAUACUCGACCAAUGAAACGAUGUUUCAAGAGAUACUCCAGAUCUUCCCUGAAUCGACAGCAGGAUAUGUCCCACUCCACAGCUCCUCCACAGCUAAGGUUACUUGAUUACUUGCAGAAAAGAAAAGAGAGAAAAACAGCCCAGCAGUAUGACCUCAAAAUUUCUAAAGCAGGAAAUUGUGUGGAUAUGUGGAAGCAGAAUCCUUGUUAUUUGACUACACCUUCAGAAGUAGAUGUGGAAAAGUAUGCUAAAGUGGAAAAGUCUAUCAAACCUGAUGACUCACAGCCAACAGUCUGGCCAGCACAUGAGAUAAAAGAAGAUUAUGUAUUUGAAUGUGAAGUUGGUAAUCAGUUUCAGAAAACAAAGCUAACCAUUUUUCAGUCACUUGGUAAUCCACUUUACUAUGGUAAAAUACAGACUUAUAGAAGUGAUGAAGAAACUGAGAGCCCAAUGACACCAACCCAGUUCCUUAUUGGAUCAAAAACUGAUGCUGAAAGAAUAAUUAGUCAAUACCAAGAGUUGAUUCAGAAUGAAGCCAAAUGUCCAGUGAAGAUGUCUCAUAACUCAAGUGGAUCAGGCAAUCUUAGUCAACUUUCUCCUGGGAAAGAAAUGGAACAACCCGAGAGCUUAUUGAUUCAGCCAUCAGUGUUGGGAAAGGGAGUAAAACAUCGGCCUCCACCCAUUAAACUCCCUUCGAGUUCAGGAAGUAGCUCUUCAGGUAAUAUUUUUAGUCCACAGCAAUCAGGCAGCCAUCUUAAAUCCCCAACUCCUCCCCCCACUUCUAAGCCACCUGGUCUUUCUCGGAAACCUUCCAUGGAUCUUAGUCAAGUUAGCAUGCUUUCUCCAGCUGCACUGUCACCUGCCAGCUCAUCACAAAGAACCACGUCUACUCAAGUCAUGGCAAACCCUGCUGGACUUAACUUCAUCAAUGUAGUGGGCUCUGUAUGUGGAGCACAAGCAUUGAUGAGCAGUUCAAAUCCCAUGCUCGGGUGUAAUACUGGUGCCAUAACCCCUGCAGGUUUAAAUCUGAGUGGCAUUUUACCUUCAGGAGGUCUGGUACCAGGUGCAUUGCCAGCUGCAAUGCAGUCAGCCUCUCAAUCAGGUGUUCCCUUUGGUUUAAAAAAUACUUCCAGUCUCAGGCCUUUAAAUCUACUCCAGCUUCCAGGAGGUUCACUCAUUUUCAAUCCACUCCAGCAGCAGCAGCAGCAGCAACAGCAGCUCUCUCCCUUUUCUCCACAGCAACAGCCUCAGUCCUCUACGACUUCAAGUCCUCAGCGGCCAGGAGAACAGAGUUCUGAACCAGGUGCAGCCAGUCAAGACCAGGCCUUGUCUGCUCAACAAGCUGCUGUUAUUAACCUGACUGGAGUUGGGAGCUUUAUGCAGUCCCAGGCAGCCGUGUUGUCUCAGCUUGGCUCUGCCGAGAACAGACCUGAGCAAAGCCUUCCUCAGCAGAGAUUCCAGCUCUCCUCUGCCUUUCAACAGCAGCAGCAACAGAUACAACAGUUGCGAUUCUUACAGCAUCAAAUGGCUAUGGCAGCAGCAGCAGCAGCAGCACAAACAGCUCAGCUCCAUCGGCAUCAACAUACAGGCAGCCAGUCAAAAAGUAAAAUGAAGAGAGGCACGCCAACCACUCCAAAAUUCUGAGUCUCGCAUUAUU